UCCAAAAUCAAAUCGGUAACGCUCAAGCUGUCAUUGUCGCCAUCGGAUGGACAGGUUUCCAAAUAGGCCAUCUUGUGUCAUAAGAGGUCAGAGAACACAGGUGAUAAAAAAACUUCACACUUCACCUAUCGUAAUUUAUCUGCUAGGUCUAAGGCAGACAUGUCCAAAGUCCGGCCCCCGGGCCAAUUGCGGCCCGUGGACAAAUUUUUACCGGCCCGCGGCCUCUAUCAUGAAAUCAAUAAUAUGCGGCCCGCCAGCACUGUUGACCACAGUAUAAAAUACAUGUGUACAAAAAGCUAUUUUUCAUUUCACCAGAAGAUGGCAGUAGCCCUGUGGCCGCACUCUGGCCGCCGUGACCCUUGACCUUGCGUGAUCGUUUCAGCCCAGCCCAUUUCUAACAUGGCGUCUGUAAACAAAAAAAGGAAAGUUGACCGCGAGGGCCGCCGCUUCCAGGACAAGUGGAAAUUUGAGUAUUUUUUCACUGAAAUACGAAACAACUGUGUCUGCCUAAUUUGCCAAGAGACUGUGGCUGUUUUCAAGGAAUUCAACAUCAAGAGGCACUACCAGACGAAACAUGCUAGCUACGACAAGCUAACUGGGAACAAACGCGGUGGAAAAAGUGAAGCAACUGGAAGCUGUUUUAACGGCACAGCAAAGCUUUUUCACAAGAGUCCGUGAGUCAAAUGAAAAUGCCACAAAGGCAAGCUACGAAGUGGCAACGCUGAUUGCAAAGCACUGCAAACCUUUCACUGAGGGUGAAUUUAUUAAAGACUGUGUAAUGAAAAUGGUUGAGAAAAUUGUCCCGCGAAGAAGCAAGAGUUUGCCAAUAUUUGCCUGGCUCGUAAUACUGUGGUACGGAGAAUUGAAGACGUUUCAUUAGAUAUUAAGAGACAGUUAGAGGCAAAAGGAACUGAGUUUGACUUUCUCGUUAGCGUGCGAUGAAAGCACGGAUGCGUCCGACACCGCUCAGUUACUGAUCUUUUUAAGAGGAGUGGACAAUGACAUGAACGUGAGUGAAGAGCUUCUGGACCUCCAGAGUCUGAAGGGCCAAACAAGAGGAACGGAUUUAUUUGUUUCUGUUUGUUCCACCGUAGAUGACAUGAAACUACAGUGGAAUAAAGUCACCGGGAUUAUUGUUUUCAGCACUUUUCCUACAGUGAGCAUAUAAUAGUGAAUAAUAUGUAAUGUUUCACAUUAACUUAGAUAUCCUUUAUAGUUUUCUUAAUUUUUUGUGGUUUGUGAUUUCGGUAAAAACCUAAAUGUAAAAAAAAAUGUACAAGUAAAAGUAUGCCAUUUGUAAUUAAAUUAAAAAAAAUCCCAAAAAGUUAAUUUGUAUUUAAUGUUAAUGGUUCAAAGAAUGUCAGGCUAAAUAGUCGGCCCCCACACAUUUUCACCUUACCAAAUCUGGCCCUCUUUGCAAAAAGUUUGGACACCCCUGGUCUAAGGGAAUCCUGGGACCGGUGAUGACGUCAUUGGAAACGUAUCCAUACAUUGGGGAUCGACUAAUCCAUUAAUUCAUGGACAAAACCAAAAUAAAUUUUGCCAAUCCAAAGUACUGUUAUUGGUGAUCCGGAAAACUUAAUCAUCUUGGACCCAAAUAUAACAAAGAUCCACAAACAGAUAUAUUAAAAUCCUGGAAAAUACUUGAAAACCUGAGAUGUGCUGAAACUUGUCCACAUAUUUAUCGAUCUUAAAAUUGUCACUGUUGUUGCUUUAUCACUUCUACAUUUUUAUUACCCUUGAAAAUUUGUUUUCAGUCAUUUUACAAAAAAAUGCAUUAUAUUAUUAAUAAAUGUAUCAUGCAUUAAUGUCGAGAUUUCAUCUCCAUUUUCAUAUUUCACAUUGUCGAUGUAAUUAUUCCAUGAUUCUGUAAAGUACUUUUUAAAUCGGCCAAAAAAUAACCUUAAACGUGCUCUAGAACUAAAAUCCUGCCAAUCCGUCAACUUAAACAAACGGGGGGGAAGCAAAUCCAAUUCGAUUUAUUCGACGUGUCUUCCCCUUUUUGCCACAUGAUGGCCUGUUCACCACGUGUUUGCCGUGGUACCACGUGUGCAAACCUUUACGGGUGAGGCAGCAAGGAGCUAACGCAUCCUAGUCACCAAGUUUGAAAGAUGUCUUUUCCUCCGGGCGAUACAUCUUUAACGAGUUGUUUUUAAGGACAACAUCAAACACUGUUCGUGUACUGUCAGUGGCAGAAAUCUCCCUCGAACUUUUGGUGACCAAUUUUCACAUUUAACGGAAGUUUAGCCACAAUGGUGGCUAACUAUUUAGCUAAGUAGAAAAGGCCUGGAAAGGCCAUGCAGGGGAGGGGAAAAAAACAAGGAUUUGUUGGAUUAGAACCUCAACAGCACAGAGACUUUAUGGCUGACCUCUGAGGACGCAAAAUAAAAUACAGGAGGAUGGAUGAGAAUGCUUGUGAAGGAGCCUGUCGAGGAGCGGAUGUGAGGGAAGAUAGUAAAAAGCUGAGGAUCAGGAGAGGGCUUGAUAUAAAGGCUGACAAAGAUCAGUCCGCAUUCAGAUACGAGACACUCUUCUCACACUUCUGGGACCAACUGAGCAAGGUUUAAACACUACAGUGCAGAAUGGGCAUGCGUGGAGCUGUUUCUGGCUGCGUGGUGCUGGCAUGCCUCGCAGCGUUGCUGGUUGAGAGGACACAAGGACACAUCACUUUCUUUAGCCCAAAGGAGAUGAUGCUGAUGAAGGAGAGAGAAGGGAGAAAGGACAUGGAGCCUCGGUCAGAGGACGGCCAGUUUGAAGAAGUUGCUCUCCAACAGCUUCCUCAAACUGAGCACGGAGCAAAUCCAGAUAAAACAGUGGAUAUCGCAGUGCGUCUUUCGCCCAAACAGUUGGACCAUGUUGCCCCUGUGCUAGAGGAGCUCAUUCAUGAAAUUGUGGAUGAGAGACAGAAAGGUACAAAACUGCUCCAAGAACUAAACGCUUUGUGGAACUUUGUGGACGAGUAACCUCUAUUUAAAUGAUCUAACGAUUACUAUUGACUAAGAUAAACUGAAACAAAAAAAGAUAAGAAUUGUGU